GCGUAAUUUGCCUUGACCAUCGGCGACCAACCACCAACAAUCCACAUUUGGCCAUCGCCUGACAACUCGUGCGCACCCUCCUGACUCGUUUGCCAUCGGUCAGUCGGUCCUGUGGGCUCGCGGGUGCGCGGCGAGAGGGUCAAGGGCAACAGAAAAAACAAUGCUGGUCUCACGCCUGAUAUCAGCAGCAGCAGCAGCAGCUCGAGCUCGAGCUGGAGCUCGGCCGGGGCUCCGACGCGCCCUGAGGAGGCCGGCCGUAUCAACACCCCACCCGGCCGGGGCAAGGCGCUCAUACAACACCGCCGGUGGCUACGACUACUCGCAGAACCCCGUCCCUCUGAUCCGGCCGGUCAUCUGGGCAGCCACCGCCGUGGGGACCAUCUACUUCACGUGUGCCGCCUAUGAUGUGUGGCAGGACAUCAAGUCGUUCAGGGAGGAGGACCGCCGCGGGCUCACUUUUGACCAGCUCGAGACGGAGCACGCCAGGCGGUGGAGGCGCAGGACCGUGUCGGAAAACAUCUUCACGCCGGGGCCCAUCGCGGCCGGGUCGCCGAGCAGCGUGUGGGACAAUCUGAGCGGCCCGUCAAAGAUAAUGGCAGGCAUGACGUUGGUGAACGCCGGCUUCGUGGGUCUCUCCAAGGCGCCCUCGACAGCCGCCCAGGGGUGGUGGGCUAGUCUUGGGCACACGCCAGCCUUGCCCUGGUACAGCAACUCACAGCUCUUCACGUCCAUGUUUGCGCACAGUGGCGUGUUUCAUCUCGCAUUGAACAUGAUGGCCCUUCUCAACUUCGGACCUUCGAUGGCAGCCGGCCCGCCAAUCUCGGGGUCAGGUAGCCACUUUCUCGCCUUCUACCUCUCAACCGGCGUGGUUUCUUCUCUGGGUGCCCAGGUCGCCGCCCUGGUGUUCAAGCAGUCGAGGUACUCCUUCGGCAUCGGUGCGUCCGGGGCUGUCCUGGGCGUGUUUUCCGCAUGGGCCAUGAACCACCCAGACGCCACGGUCCGCGUCUUCCCGAUCCCCAUCUCGUUCAGCGCGAGAAGCCUGAUCGAGUUCGACGUCGUUUUCGAAGUCCUCGGCGUGUUGGGUGUCUGGCGGGCCCUGCGUCUCCCCAUUCAAUUUGGCCACAGCGUACAUCUUGUUGGACUCGGCGUCGGGGCUGCGUAUGUGACAUAUGAUAAGAAGGCACAGGUAUGGGCCACGUCGAGAAGGGCGGCGUUCAGGUCCAUGAAGGUUGUCGGCCUUGUUUGAGACGGUCACGUUAUCACAACAAGGUGAACACAUUUAUGUCUUGCCGGGCAUUUUUUCGCUGAAGCGAUCAUCCUCCCCGGGUAAGCUCCCCAUCUGCACCUGUCACCUCAUCGAUCUGGGAAGCCAAACCCGUUUGGAUCAGGCACCAAUCGAAGUGUCACAAUACACUCAAAGCGCGCUCUAUUACCGGAGCAGUGGUAGCGGAGCAUCAUCACACUGUGCCAUGAAAUCAGCGAAGUGUUAUGGCACUUGGGCAACGGCCCAUCUAUGUCUAUUGCCUCUAGCAUAAUACUACAUCAACCAAAACGCCGAAAAUCACGCUCUCGGUAACAAUCCGAUGCUACAUAUCCACCUUAACACGUCGGCUGGAAGCUCUGCGCAACGCAGACCUUCCCGUCAGGCUGCGUGGCCGUCUUGGUCGCCUCUCCACCCCCACUAGUAGCCUGCCAGAUCGUGCAGGCUUGGCCCUCAGCCUGGCAGGAAUCAAUGAUAGUGCACUUAUCCCCAAAGUUCGCAUUCACACCACACAGCUCCCCGCCGUUGACGGCCUUGACGCCCUCGACGAUGAUCUCCCUCGGCCCGCCAUUGUUCGGGCAGUUGCCACAGCUCCGCGAGAGCUUCCCAUAGUUCUCAGCGUAGAAGUUGGAGAUGUGCACCGUGCCGCGGCCGUCGAACUGCACGAUCUUGUCAUGGGCGCCGAACGCGCCCCCGCCGUUGAUGUAGCUGGUGCCCGCCGUCUGCAGGAACGUGAAGGCGUCCUCGCAGACGCUCGCGAACCACACGUUGUUGAGCGUGCACGUCCCCUGGCAGUGCACGCCCUCCGCCUGCCCCUUCCCGAUGAUCACGUUGGACAGCGUCCCCCCGUCGGCCACGAUGAACAUGGCCGCGUCCUCGUUCGUCUCGACGCCCGGCAUGCACACGCUCGGCGACCGCUCGUACGUCUUCAUGCCGCCGUCGAACUGGGACGGCACAGGGAUCGCGGCUGCCUCCACCACGGUCCCGGCCGAGGCGGGCAGUUUGCUCGAGAGCGCGGCGGCGGCUCUGCUGGUUCCUGUGCCGCCGCUGGUUCCCGUGAGACUGACGCUUGCCUUGCCGCCGC